GUCCCAGCCAAGAUGGCAGCCAAGCGCGAUCUAAGGUGUUCGCGGCGGUUACUGUGGAGGUUGUGGCUGGUCCCGACCGGUCCACAGAACCCGGGAUCCGGCCUGGGCCUACAAGCGAGGACGUACUCCCAGGGCGACCGCCCAUACUCGCGCACCGCGCUCUACGAGCUGCUCGGCGUCCCCUCCACGGCCACGCAGGCGCAAAUCAAGGCAGCUUACUACCGGCAGAGCUUCCUCUACCAUCCGGACCGCAACUCGGGGAGCGCCGAGGCUGCCGAGCGCUUCACGCGCAUCUCCCAGGCUUACUUGGUGCUGGGCAGUGCCAGCUUGCGUCGCAAGUAUGACCGCGGCCUGCUCAGCGACGAGGACCUGCGCGGACCUGAUGUCCGGCCCUCCAAGGGGCCCGCCGGCGAUGACCGCUCGCCCCGCGCCCGGCCACCUGCCUCUUGGGCCCACGACCGCGGUCAGGCCGCGGCGGGCGCCAGCCGCACCAUGUUCAACUUCGACGCCUUCUACCGAGCGCACUACGGAGAGCAGCUGGAGCGCGAGCGGCGCCAGCGGGCCCGGCGAGAGGCCCUGCGCAAGCAGCAGGAGGACCGGGCCAAGAAGGGCUUCCGCUGGGACGAGACCCGAGACACGACUUUUGUGUUCCUUCUCCUCACAGCCUUCGUCCUCAUAGGCUUUCGUUUUUAAGCGGAGAGAGGAGGAGGACAGGGGAGCCGCCCCAGCCAGCCCCGAGAAAAUGGCCUUUCCUGUCUUCUUGAACCCUUUGCCUUCGGUAGUCUACCUCUGCUGGGGUCCGAAGGAGCUGCCUACCCCCGCUUCUUCCCCGCCCACCCAGCUUAGCCAUCCGCCGGCCCGUCCCACCCCUACGGUCCAGGGAAGAAGGCUUUUCGAUGCCCAAGAAAGAGGCCCCGAGAAGAAGAGUCCCGAAAGCCCGAGAGUGAAGGGUUUUCUGGCGUCCCUUGGGUGCCUGCUUCCAGAGGUUGCCUUCCUGAUGUUGUCAACUUCUGGAACGCGUGCUCUGGCUUUAUUGUAAAGCUCGGGGCAAGCACUGUCUGCUCCUGCCCCACGUUCCUACUGUGGGGCGCCGGUGUAACCUUGAACCGUGCCAUGUGACCAAUUGUUGGCUGCCAAAAGAAAAAUUCUGGGGUUGU